AUGCUUCUGAUGAAAAUGUUGAUUGUAUGGUUGUCAGUUAUUUCUAUUUCAUCCAAGAUUUUAAAAUUAAAAAUAACAAAUAACAAAACAAAACCCAGAUUUACAGUGUGGAGGUGCGAGUUUGGUGAGUACGUGGACGAUGACCACAUGCUGUCCUUCGUCUCACUCUACAACAAGUCCUGGCUACUUGCAUUCUAUGGGUCGGGCGAGGCCGUCAGCUAUGCACACAGCAGCAACAACCACCACAGCCACAACAGCUACAACAACGGCCACAACAACGACCACAAUAACCACAACCAAUUUAAAACCCAAACAGACAGCACUGAAAAUGCAGCCAACGACAAUCAAGAAUACAAAUCUCACCAUAGAUUUAACACUCACCAUAAAGAAAAUGUCAAUAACAACAAUUUCAAUAAUUAUUAUUUUAAAGAAGAUGAUGAUGUCAGACUUGAUGAUAUCAUAUGCCAGCAUUUUGUUAAGAUACAUGACGACGAUGAUGACGAAGAGGAUGAUGACAACGAAGAUCUGGGCAGCAUUAAAGACAAGCGAACGUUGAAUUAUUUCAACAGCAGUCACUUCUUAUCGUCGUCGUCAUUCUCGUCGCAACCACCUCACUCACCGUCACAUCGUGCACCAUCUUCGUCGGAUGAUGAUAACACACUUACAGACAAACAUACGAACGCUAAGAGGAAGAAUAAUAAACAUCUCAAGCUCAGGCAUCGGAAUCAUGGAAGGGACAACCACAAAAACAAACACAACAUCGAAAACAACAACGACAACGUGAACAACGGUAAAAUCGUUAACAGUGAAAAUAUGAAAGAAAAAUGUGCAAUUGGUAGUAACAAAUACAACAACAAACUUAGCAACUCGAACAAGGACGGCAACAAUGGGAAUACGCAACUUGACAGAAACUUAAUGGAGCAAAACAAUGUCGAUUGCAAACCUCAGAAACAAAACAACAAACAUCACAAGAACCGCAAAAACCACAACAACAACAGCCACAAACACAACAACAACAACAAACCUCACGAAAAUCCUAACAACAACUACCAUGAGGCGAGCAACAGUCACGUGGAUCGCCACAACAAAAAGUUCAACAACAAUCGACAUUAA